GGUGACUUGUCCCUUCCCUGCAAGUCUCCUGCCUGUCGAUCUCGCAACCGGAAUGCAACUUGCUUCCUCUGUCGAGCUCGUAUAAGUAGAGGCACUGCGAGGCCAUGGUCCUCCAAGCUUUGCAAGCCGCUUCUUUCUUCUGUCCACGUAGCUUGACGGCAGCGAGUUGCCUGAGACACAGAGAAGCAGCGGUUCACCCGCGUUGAGCGGCAUGGCGACGGCGGCCAAGGAUGCGGCGUCUGCGGCGGAGAAUAAGGGGACGGCGGCGGGGCUGCAGAUGAAGCUGCUGGUGGACAGGCGGUCGCGCCGGGUGCUGUACGCGGAGGCGCGCAAGGACGCCGUCGACUUCCUCAUCGGCCUCCUCCGCGUGCCCGCCGGCCUCGCCGCGCGCGUCAUCGCCAAGCACGCCGCUGGCGCUGGAGAUGGCGCCGGUGACGUUCACCCCGACGAGGCGCACACCGCGCCGGGCUCCCUGGGCACGCUCUACGCCGGGGCGAAGGCGCUGGGCGACGAGUUCUUCGUCGCCGCCGCGCCCGACCGCGACGCGAUCCUCUGCCCGGCGAUCCCCUCGGCCGCGCUCGCGCUGCUGCUCGCGGGCGAGCCGGCCGCGGCGGCGGCGGCCACCCCGCCGCCCGCCGCGCCCGCCCCGCCGAAGCGGUACUUCCGGUGCGCGGGCCCGUACGGGACGUCGUGCCGCGGGAACCCGACGUGCGUGACGGACGUGGCCGGCCUGCCGUGCCCGGUGUGCCGGCAGCCGAUGACGGUGGAGAUGCGGUGGAGCCCCGGCGACGCGCAGGGCAAGCUGGCGCAGGCGGCGGCCCAGGAGGCGGCGGCGUCUGCAGGAGCAGGAGGGUACGUGAAGGAGGUGGUGAGCUACCUGGUGAUGGACGACCUCACGGUGGAGCCCAUGUCCACCAUCUCCGCCAUCAUGCUGCUCAAGAAGUUCAAGGUCGCCGACUGCUCCGCCCUGGAGGAGCUCACCGUCGACCUCGGCCACAAGGAGGCCGUGCUGCUGCUCAAGGCCGCGCUCGAGUCCAAAACGGCGCUCACCGACGUCUUCUGCGGCGGCGUCUCCAUUGACAGGCUCGAGUGAGCGAAAGAGCGAGGGGCCGAGCACCAUGGAAGCGCAACUGAGAGGCCGAGGAGAUGGUAUAAUACAUAACCAUAUACAUACUGAAUUGUACAUGAACCAUGUUUAAACGUAGCACACGUGUCAAUCUUAUGCUAAUAUUGUACUGUAAUAAAAAAGCUUCAUCUCUGAA